CUCGGAAAAUUCACUGGAAUACGAUGUGCUAUUUUGGUUGGAGGCGAUUCUAUCGAGGAACAAUUCCAGACGGUUCUCGAAAAACCUGAUAUUGUGGUCGCUACUCCUGGACGUCUGUUGCAUGUCGUAGUUGAGAUGUCUCUUCGGUUGACCGCCGUACAGAUUAUUGUAUUCGACGAGGCUGAUCGCUUAUUCGAAAUGGGAUUCUCCGAACAAAUUGCUUUUCAUCCCAUACAUUUUCACUUUUUCGACUCAGUUAGCAGUUUUCUAAUCGGUGAUAUGAUCAAAGCUAGCUUAUUAGAUAACGAACUGAUAAGCGAAUUUUGUAUUUUUACAGUGCGACUUGAUCUCGAUGAAAAGAUAAGUAAUAAGCUGUCGAUGGUUUUUGUUCACUGUCGCGCAGAUGAUAAAACAGCAGCUUUGGUGCAUUUGGCUCGCAAAUCUUUGGCCGCCAAGGAAAAAACAGUUGUGUUUUGUGCAACCAUGAAACAUGUGGAAUAUUUGUCAGCAGUUUUUGAAUUAUCCGGAAUUGAUUGUACUGUCCUCUAUAGCCAGCUGGAUGCCGUCGCUAGAAAUAACAAUAUCGCAAGGUUUCGCGACGGGGAUUGUUCGUUGCUGAUUGUAACGGAUAUUGCUGCCAGAGGUGUUGAUAUCCCGCUUUUGGAUGUCGUUAUAAAUUAUCAUUUUCCUCCAAAACCGAAACUUUUCGUGCAUCGUGUUGGUCGAGUUGCUCGAGCUGGUCGUGUAGGCAGAGCUAUUAGCUUAUUUAGUUUUGAUGAAGUGCCGUACGUUUCCGAUCUUUUUCUCUUCUUGGGACGCACUUUAGACUUUGCAAUUCCCGGCUCAGUAUACAAAGGUAAAAGAUUUGUGAAAAUUUUCCGAAAUUAUGACGGCACACUGAUUGGUGCAUUCCCGUGUGAUAUCGUCGAGGAAGAAGCUGAAUUUUUGAAAAACAUGCAUGAUAAUUCGGAUGAACUGAAUGAGCUUUUGAAAAAAGCCGAAAAUGCUAUGAAAAAGUACACGAAAACUCGACCGCAACCGUCUUCGGAAUCAGUGCGCCGUGCCAAGGAUGACAUCAAGGAUGCGCUACUCAAAGCUUCAGUUCAUCCGUUUCUGCAGCAGGAAGCACCGCAUGAAGCUGUCCGACACAGCUUUCUUCGAGAUUUGCAUAAUUUCAAACCUUCCGCGACGAUAUUCGAGGUGCAGAGCAACAGCAAGGCAUUGCCAGCAGCUGUUAUGAAGGCAAAACGUCGGGCACAUAACAAAUUUAUUCGUUCAAAAAGCGAGUCGAACGCGGAAUCCCGUGAUUCUCAGAGUGCUGAAGCAUCCACUGUAACAUGUGAAGCUAGCGACGAUUUCUUGAAAGAAACAUUUCAUACAGUGAUCAGAAAUACGAAAUUCUCCUCCGCUGAUGAUUUGGCAGCUAAGAAACAUAAAACACGAAAAAGGAAGGCCGAUGAAUUGCUGGAGGAAAAGAAAAAACAUUACAUUGAAUAUGUACCUGCCGAAGCAAAUACUGAACGCGGUUUGGCAGUGGAUCGUGGAUUUAAUGCCCAGGCUAAAGCCAAUAUGAUUGAGGUUCUUGCGGAUGAUGAAGUUGGCCUGUACAAGCAGAAAAAGCGCAAAAAAUGGGACAGAAAAUUAAAGAAAUUUGUUGGUGAGGGUGGGGACAUGCAAAAGAAACGAAUUCGAACUGAAGAUGGAACCUAUCUGCCAGCAACCUACAAGAGUGGACGCUACGAGAACUGGCAAAAGAAGCAAAAAAUUUCGUAUAUAAACGAAGAAGAAGGCGAUGAAGCUACCAAUAUGAACAGGACUAAACCAACGUUUUUCAAAGUUCGAGCUUUUCUUUCAAAACGUUUUGGCAAUCGUGGAAAAUCAAAGCAAGGCGGCCAUCUGAACGCCGAACAAAAAGCGCCACAUUCGGAACUGAAAAAACCGGAGCAAAUUCUAAAAGAGAGGAAGAAAAAACAGAAAAUAAAAUCCUAUCAAGCUUAUCGAAGACGUCAGAAUUUGAAGAAAAAAGGCUUAGUUGGUAAUAAAAGGCACUAA